GAACAAUGACCUAUUUCCUCACUUCUUGUGCUAUUUUCCACCAGAAAAUUAUACUACCGGCUUGAACGAUUCUGUGGUACAAAUUCUCAUCUAAAUCCUGAAUAAACUCACACCUUAUAGUUCUCCAAAGAGUGGAUGGAAGGCAUCAAAGGUGAACUACAAACAUUUGAUGAUGAACAUGACAGGCUAAGCGACCAUAAAAGCCAAUCUGAUCAAGAGGAAAUUAAAGAGGAGGCUAAGGAAGAAGUUAAAAAGAUUGAGGAAGCUCCUAAACCUCCCUCUCCUCCGAAGAAGAAACCUUUGGGUAAGCCUAGACUAGCGCCAAGGAAAAUCACCAAGACUCGAGCCUCUUCUUACCAAAUGCCUAGUAUGCGGAACAAGCCUACGGCGAAGAGGUCUAAAAUAGUUAAGGUACUUCCUGGGCAGGAAAAGCCAUCUAAAAUUCAAAUUUUUAACAAAUAAACCUGUGAUGACUAAGAAAAAGAAGAAAGAACUUGAAGAAAAGAAGCGUAAAGACCUUGAACUAAUCCGUAAGAGAAAACAAGAAGAGGAGGAGGAGAAGAAAGCAAUGAUGAAAGUCUCUACUAGCCUCCCUGAGAUCUCCCAUCCUGAAGAAAGGGUUGGAGGAAUGCUCAAAGGUUUCAACCUCAAGAGAACUAGAACCCCAGCUAAUAACAAUGAAAGAGUUCUCAUUUUCAGCAAACGGUCUGACUCUGAAGACCCUGCCUCUGAUGACGAAAACCAUUAUGCAUUUGAUAAAAACGAUGUUGAACAGUACAGAAGAAUGGGCGGAUACGACAACAUUAGAGUAAGAGAAAAGAAGAAAGAGCAAGAGCUCAAAAGAAUGCUCAAGUCGAACCUUUCUCAUAAGAAGCGUAGAAUUCUGACCAAAAUUAAAGCAGGAAUGGGAUUCUUGAAAUCAAGCUCCAGAGUUAACCCUAUUCCUGAUUAUAACCAGCCAGAGAAGAAGGUGAGGAUCAAGGAUUUGUAG